GAUGAUCCGGGGAGCGGGUGCGCCCAUGGCGGAUGCCCCGCCGCUACCCGGGGUCUUCCGCCACGACUCCCCGAAGCGGGUGCUGGUAUCGGUCAUCAGGACUACCCCGGCCACGCCUCCAUGCGGGGGUGGCGCGGGGGAGCUAGAGCCGCCGCCGCCGCUCGCGCCCACCAGCCCCGGCUUCAGCGACUUCAUGGUGUACCCGUGGCGCUGGGGUGAGAAUGCGCACAACGUGACGCUAAGUCCCGGGGCCGUGGGUGCCGCCUCUGCUGUCCAGCCUGCAGCCGUCAUCGCAGCCGCGCACCAGGGACUCCGGGGCGCGCCUCCGCCCGCCGCCGCGGGGGGCGAGGAUGAGGAGGAGGCGAGCAGCCCAGACGGUGGCCCCCUCAAGGAUGGGAUCCGACGUGGCCGACCCAGAGCUGAUGCUGUACGGGAUCUAAUCAGUGAAGGGGAGCAUUCAUCAAGCAGGAUCCGAUGUGACAUCUGUAACAGGGUGUUUCCACGGGAGAAGUCACUCCAGGCUCACAAAAGGACUCACACAGGUGAGAGGCCCUAUCUCUGUGACUACCCGGACUGUGGGAAAGCCUUUGUUCAGAGUGGGCAGCUCAAAACACAUCAGCGGCUCCAUACAGGAGAGAAGCCUUUUGUUUGCUCAGAAAAUGGCUGCCUGAGCAGAUUCACUCAUGCAAACCGCCACUGUCCCAAGCACCCGUACGCCAGACUAAGGAGAGAGGAGCUGACGGACGCACUCAGCAAGCACCAGGCUGCAGACAAUAAGGCUGCUGCGGAGUGGCUGGCAAAGUACUGGGAGAUGCGGGAGCAGCGCACCCCGACCCUGAAGGGCAAGCUGGCGCCCAAGGCGGACCAGGAGCAGCGUGACCCGCUUGAGUGCCUGCAGUCGGACGGCGAGGACGAUGAGAAGAGUGUCGCCCAGCAGCGGCUGCAGGAGCAGCGUGAACGGCUGCAUGGGGCUCUGGCGCUCAUUGAGCUGGCCAACCUGACUGGCGCACCGCUGCGCCAGUAGCCGAUGCCAGGCAGAAGCUAAGCACCUUACUUGCUUAUCCUAGGCUGCUAUUCUGUAGAAUUUAUGAAGAAUGUCAUUACCCCAGAAGCUGGGGUGAGAGAGAAUUGCACUUUUUUAUAUGGAAAUAGAUUGGAUGUAAAGUUUAAAAUUAUUUUGUAAAUAAGGACUGUACCAUACAGGGUAGAAAACUACAUAUUGUGGGAAGCUAGAUUUUGCAAGUUUAAUGCAUUCAUUGGAAGCAGUUCUCACAGGAAGCACUUUCUGAAUAAGACACUUGUGUGAAAAAGCAGAAAAUGGUACAAGGAGCCAAAGAAGAUUGAAAUAGAUUAUUUAUAAGAUCAUUUUUAACAAUGUAUAUUAGUAUAUUUUAACAUUAAUACUGUAAACACUGAAACAAACAAAAUAUAAAAUGUGUUUGUAAGAUAUAUAUUUUUAAAUUGCUCAAUAAGGCUAGAGAAAUGGGAAGCUAUUUGGGAAGCUGUUCUAAGUUAAGGACUUGGAAGAAAGAUAUCUGAGGAUCUUGGUGAAAUACACAAUAGUUCAGAAUUUUGGCAAUUGGAGUAAAAUCAGUCUUAUUCUACCCGACUAUAAUGUUUGAGUUGGAAAAGCACUUGUCACCCCUCACAUGUUAAUGGGAACUUUUGCACAUUUCACGUUUCUCAUUCGCUGAAAAUCGAGUGAUUAAUCUUGCAAAGUCUAGGUAACAUGGGAAUUGGUGUUUUUUAUAUAUAUGAUGGACCCUGUCAUGAGAUUUGGCACGUGGAUUUUUAUUAAUAAAAGGGACAUCUACAGGGUUGCUUUGUAGUGAAAUGUUUUAGCUCUUUUGUUAGCAAACACUAAAUUUUAAUUGUACUGCUUAUUUAGAAUUAUUAGCAAAUGGAAGCCUCCAUAUUUAUAUUUUCAGUGCAUAAAGCCACCUUCUGCUUUACUUGAGAAUAACAUGCCAAGCUAUUUUGUGUUCACUAAAUUUAGUUAUCAGUUAAACACUGCAGAAAACAAUAGCUACUCAAAUAUGUAGAUUUCUGGGAUAGUUUUUAACUGCAAGUGUGUUAACUUGUGUGGUGGUUUAAAACCAUUUUUUCCCAAAUAAAUGAAGUUAAUAAACAUCACUUUAUGUACUGAAGCAUGACUGAAAUUUAAAAACGGAGCAGGCCACCUCCUUUUUAUAAGCAAAACCCUCUUAUCACAUGAGCUUUCGUUGUAAACGAAAUGACAUGCAUAGCAUGGUAAUUUAUAGACUUCUUAAUUGGAGUGAACCUCAAAAUAUAGGGGGAAAGAUGGGCUCCUCAGCUUCUUUUUUCUUUGAGUAAAGUGGUACCCUCCAAAUGUAGUUCAUAUGUUACCUAGAAUGUAGGCUUUGUAUCCAAAAGUCCUGAAGUGUGGCAGUACACAGGUAGUUUCCAGGGGACAGGCUUGGGGGAGGGGAGCCAGGGGAGUUUUUUGAAGAGAAGUGGAGAGGGGAAGAGCAGACGUGGCAGUUAGAAAUAAUGUGUAUGAUGAGGACAUACGUUAAAAAUAUAAUUCCUCUGUACAGAUAAUUACAGAUCUUUUAGGGAAUUUUUGUAAUAAGAAAAUUUAUAGUCGUAAUGAUCUAAGAAUUCUGUUUGUAAUUUGGUAUACGGAAUUUUAACUUGGAGCACUUAUGAAUUUGGUUACAGACCAUAGCAUAUGAAAUUUCCUGGUUUAGGUUUCAACAUCUACUCUAGAAUUUUCCCUCUCAACUAUAACUUAACAUGAAUUGAAAAGGAACACUCAGUCUUGGGAAAUGUAAAAUCUGGUAAAUUUACCUAAAGAAGGAAGGUCAAUAAGAAUACAAAUAUUUGUCAGUUCACAGAUAA